GAAUUUUGAAGGCCGUUUUAAGAACAGUUGGCUCAAACCAAAUGGGGUUUUCAACUGAAAAAAUUUAUGUUUUCCUUUGGGUUUUUUUUGCCACUUGAUUUCUAGCUUUUAUAAAUUUUUAUUUCCUAGAAAAUCAUGUAUUUCGCACUUGAUUUUCUCUUCUAAGUUUUUUUCCUAGAAAAUCCUGUAUUUCACCAGUUGUAAGGUUUCCCAAAAAAAAGUAUAGACUUUGUUUCUUCCUUGGUUUUUUCAGACUGCCUUUUGGCUUUGUUGUUUUUUUUUUGCCACUUGCUUUGACUACGCUUCCUCUUUUCGGCUUUACUUUGUGCUGUUGCCAAUGGCAAUGAAUAGUGUUUUUUUUCAGUUGUUCAACAAGCUCGCGAAUUAAUGCUGAGGGCCAAAGCCAUAAAUAAAUGCCCAAAACGAUUACGGAAAUGUUCUAACAACACGACACUGAAUUUUAUCCUGUUUUGUACUUCAGUUCGCUCUCUCGGUUGCGACUGCGCAGUUUGAAAAUUGAAUUGGAAGUGUUGUUGGCAUUUCGUUUUCGCUGACGACGUCAGGAUUCGGAAGCAGCGUGCGCAAGGGAAUUCAAAAGAGAGCUGUCACGGGGAGAGGGUUGCCGAGCAGCCAGCCGAUAACAGCUGGCGGUAACUCUGCAAAACUAUCGACUAGUGGUAACCGAUAUAAUAAGGGAAAACCCAGAGUUAAAAAAGGUAUUCCACUUCGCGACUUGGUUGUGCCAAAUGUAUACUUUAAAAGAAAGAGUUACAAUAAAAUCAAACGCAACAAAACAGUCAAUAGUGGCCAAGCAACAAAAAGCUAUUCUAGCUAUUAAAAACCAGCCUUCGGCCCCAAAUUUUUCAUUAAAAAUCAUUUUGUUUGAUUUUAGUUAUCUAAGCAAAGUUCCAGAGAAGUUUAAUAAGAAUUUAAACUACAUAUGUAAGUUUACUUUAAUUUACCUAAUUAAGUAAAUUUAAUAUUAAUUAAUGUUCAUUAGUUCGAUUAUACCCGCGAUUGCUCUUUUAAUCAAACCCCUUUAUAAUUUUCUUUGCGUACGUCUAUACAAAUUCCCGAAAAGAGAGUGCGUGGGAGAGUGAGAAGAACAGGUGGCAACAAAUAUGAGAGUGCAAACUGAUGUUAAGAACGAAGGAAGGAGGAAACUCCACUUGAGAAGUGAUGAUACAAUGAAACGUAAUGAUUUACGAUAGAAAGGCUGUCCCCAUAAUAGCGAUUUCGGCCGUCGCAUUCGCCGUUGAAGUGAUAUUCUGGAUAAAAAUAGCUCUGACCAGGCACGAUGUUUCCUAUACUGCAAACUCGGCAGCCUGCGAUAAUCUCGAGACCCGCAACAGCUUGUAUUACCCAGCGCGAUACCUUAAGUUUUGGAGAAUCAAUCAAAGGUGCGAGGUUCCACAAGGUUUAAUUCUUGCUAAGCAGGCCGGCACGGCAGGACCUUCAUUUGCGGAGGGCGGUGACAAAAAAGAUGAGAAAAAUACAAAAUAUACCGGUAUGCAAGUGGCAGGACAUGCUGCCUUGACUGCAGCCGCACUCGGUUUGGCUUCAGCAGCGAAUAUUUGAACGAGGCUUACUCUAAAUAUGAUCAAGUUUGCCUCCCAAAAUUGAAUAGGAUCCGGAUACAACAAAUAAGUUGAUGUUUGAAUGCUUUGGAGGCCAGACACUCGCGGUGGCUUGGUAUGGAUUCGCGAGGGUUCGGACCGACUAAGCUUGGUCCGUGGCCUCCAGUCCAUAUGAAUAGCAAUUGCAGCGUUUUAAAAACCAAAGCAACAUUCAACAUUGCUGACCGGAAGGAAAUGAAGGCCCACCGCAGUACGAGUUCACGUAGGAAACCACAAAAGCGAAAUAUACAGGAUCGCUCUAG